UACACGCUUGCAAAAUAACUAGAUCCGCUUGCGAAAUAUAUGUGGGUCACGAGUGAAUUAACAUUUUUUUCCACUACGCUUCAUUCUUUCGGUCCUUUAAAUUUCGGUCCGCUUUAUACACACCUGAGUUCAGGUAAUCGGGGCGCACGAGCAGAAUGAUCAAACAGAAACAAUACGAUUGGAAGGACAGUAACCUGGCCCUAUUCGGCUCGGACACAGAGAGACAAGUCAAAAAGGACUCUGCCGAGCAAGAGAAAGCUUGGAAAAAGGCGGGCCAAAAAUGUGGACUACAAAUAUGGCGGAUUGUGAAAUUCAAAGUCACAGAAUGGCCAAAAGAGGAUUAUGGGAAGUUUUUUGAUGGCGACUCAUACAUCAUUCUCAAUACUUACAAAGAAGAGAGUUCCGAGGCACUUCUCUAUGACGUCCAUUUCUGGAUUGGGAAAUACAGUACUCAGGAUGAAUACGGAACUGCGGCUUACAAGACAGUGGAGCUAGACACGUACCUGGAUGACGUCCCCAUACAGCACAGAGAAGUCCAAGGUCACGAGUCAGACCUUUUCCGGUCCUAUUUCAAAGAAAUCACCUAUCUACAUGGCGGCGCUGACAGCGGUUUCCGGGCGGUCAAACCGGAAGAAUACACGCCACGUCUGUUCCAUUUCCAUGGCGACAAGUUUGGAGUCACUGUGAAAGAGGUGGUUCGGGAUAAAAGCCGAUUGGAUGACACAGAUGCCUAUAUAUUGGACCUGGGUCUCACUAUUUACCAGUGGAACGGCCAAGGUUGCAACAAGGACGAAAGAUUUAAGGCAAUUAUAAAUAAAUACGCGUUGCAGUAUGUUAAUAAACUGAAAGAGGAAAGAAGUGGGAAGCGGAUUCAAGUAGAAGUAAUAGAUCAAAACUCCAGUGAUGAGGAGGACUUUUUGCGCCAUCUGGACGGGGGUAAGGAGGAGGACCAGUUUGACAAUUCUUCUGAUUACGAGGCCGGGGACAAAACCAAGGAACUGUUCAGACUAUCAGAUGCAGAGGGUUCAAUGAAAUUUUCACCAGAAAAGAAAGGAAAAGUAUCAAUGGGCGAUUUUGAUAGCAAAGAUGUAUUCAUUUUUGAUACAAAAGAGGAACUCUUUGUGUGGAUUGGAAAAGCCACAACCCCAGCAGAGAGGAAGAAUGCGAUGACCUACGCUCACAAUUAUCUGAUGAAGAGUGACCAUCCACUUCUUCCAAUCAGCUGUCUCAAAGAGGGACGUGAAAACAGGAACUUCUCUGCUGCACUUGCGGCUUAACUGUCAGAAAAAAAAUGUUUUUCCACACAUUUUGACUUUUUCAACUUUGUCUUCAAUCAAAACUCAUAUCAUAACAAAAGUUUCAUUUUUCUGUGUUAUUAUGUAUCCAUUUUCUAUAUUAUAGUAUAUAUUUGUUGUUGAUGCCCACUGUUAUAAAUAGAUCAUUACUUAUCAUAUC